GGUUGACCCGGGUCCUCCUCCACACCCCCUUCCUUCCUCGCCCCCUCCCUUUCCCCUGCACCCGGGCUCUGGCUCGCUAUAAAAGGCGGGAGCGCGGGGCGCCCCAGCAGCGGAGAGUUUCAGCACCAUGGAGAGCCCCCGCCUGCGGCUGCUGUCCCUCCUGGGCGCCGCCCUGCUACUGAUGCUACCUCUGCUGGGCGCCCGUGCCCAGGAGGACGCUGAGCUCCAGCCCCGAGCCCUGGACAUCUACUCCGCCGUGGAGGAUGCCUCCCACGAGAAGGAGCUGAUUGAAGCGCUGCAGGAAGUCUUGAAGAAGCUGAAGAGUAAACGUAUUCCCAUCUAUGAGAAGAAGUACGGGCAAGUCCCUAUGUGUGACGCUGGAGAGCAGUGUGCAGUUCGAAAAGGAGCCAGGAUUGGGAAGCUGUGUGACUGUCCCCGAGGAACCUCCUGCAAUUCCUUCCUCUUGAAGUGCUUAUGAAGGAGUGUCCAUCCUUCACCAUAUGUCUCCUUUCCCCCUACUGUCCCCAAGAGGAUCAUGCCUUCAUCCCUGGAGUUUGGCUUUAGCAAAAAUAAAGUUUGCAUUCCCCUCUGAGGGUGAAGGGGCUCUUUUCCUGCUGUUCCAAAAUAAAAGAACACAUU